UCCUCCUCCGCCGACCCCACCCGUUUUGAUUUCCAUUCUCUCAAGUCAUAACUUGAACCAAAUUUUGUGCGGCUGAAUCAAUGUUGAGAAAAAGAGCGAGAAUACGCGGAGGACGGAGCUGCACCUCAAAGCUACUUUAAUGUACGGUCGGCUGUCGGACAAACAGCAAAGUUUUUUGCUUUCGGUGAUGUGAUUGGAACUCCUGACAAGUACAAUGAGCGGCAACGACAUCUUGGAGAUGGACUCCAUGUCCGAGACCGAGGAGAUGGAGGGUGAUAACGACCAGGGCAUGAUAGACGAGGAAGUCGUUUACCCACAGGAGUUUUUACCAACGUAUCAAAGUAUUAAAGAAGGAGCAACGGUAGCCAAAACCCAUCUGGCAGAGUUUAACGACAAACCGGACUCCUUGUUCUUCAAUGAUGGCGUGAGGAGGAUCGACUUCAUCCUGGUCUACGAGGAUGAAGACAAGAAGGAGUUCGAGAAGAGGCACACCUUCCAGCGGCGCAAGAGGCGGCGAGAGUAUUUUGAGGCCAGCCUGAUGAAGAUGGGAAUGGAACUGGAGGCAACGCAGUCUGUAAUUGAUGACAAACUGAUGUUUGUGAAAGUCCACAUGCCGUGGGACGUGCUGUGCACCUACGCUGAGGUCCUGCACAUCAAGCUUCCCAUCCAGCCCAACGACCUCUCGUCCCGCCCCUCCCCGUGGCGCUUUUUCUCCUGCAUCACCAAGCACUUCUACCCCAACGAGGAGCUGAUCACCAAAGAGACCGAGUACUUCACCGCCCCCUUCGAGAAAGACCGGCUGGAGUUCUUCCACAUCAGGGACAAAGAGGCCUUCUUCACUCCGUCCAUGAGGAGCAGGAUGGCAUACUACAUCCUUAGUCGUGCCCCGUAUGAAAUACGAGGGAGCACAAAGAAGUUUGGCAUCACCAAACUGCUGGAUGGUGGAGUGUACAAAGCUGCCUAUCCUCUCCAUGAUUGCAGGUUCAAUGUAAAGUCCACAGAAGAGGGCUGCCCUAAUGAGAGGCUUCUGCUCUACGAGGAAUGGGCUCAUCCCAAAAGCUUCUACAAGAUGCAACCGCUUGACCUCAUAAGGAAGUACUAUGGGGAAAAGAUUGGCAUUUACUUCGCCUGGUUGGGGUUCUACACAAUCAUGCUCGCUCUGGCUGCUGUGGUGGGGCUGGGUUGUUUCAUUUAUGGGUACAAGACUCAAGACACCAGCACCUGGAGCAAAGAGGUGUGCGACCCUGAAAUUGGAGGAAAAAUCAUCAUGUGUCCACAGUGUGACAGAGAAUGCAAAUACUGGAGGCUGAACAGCACCUGUGAGGCUUCAAAAAAACUUUGUAUAUUUGAUAACUUUGGGACCCUGGUGUUUGCAGUUUUUAUGUCAAUCUGGGUAACUUUGUUCCUGGAGUUUUGGAAGCGCUACCAGGCAGAGCUGGAGUACGAGUGGGACACUGUGGAGUUUCUGGAGCAGGAAGAGCCACCUCGCCCGGAAUAUGAAGCCAAGUGCAUCUACGAGAGGAAAAAUCCUGUCACGGGGGUAAAAGAAAAAGUGCCCUAUACCGCCUGUGGACGAUGUGUUCGGGUGUCGAUAGGAAUUGGGACAGUUUUAUUCUGGAUUCUGUUGAUCCUGGCUUCCAUUGUGGCCAUCACUGUCUAUCGCCUGGCCGCAUUUUUUGCCUUCUCAGCCAGACUCAGAGCUCAGGACCUGAAGGAGCUCGAACCCUUAAAGGAGUAUGUGACGCCUCAGAUGGCCACCUCUGUUACAGCUUCUCUCAUCAGCUUUGUUGUAAUUAUGAUCCUCAAUGUACUCUAUGAGCGGGUCGCCAUCUGGAUCACUAACUUUGAGCUUCCGCGAACCAAGACGGACUACGAGAACAGUUUGACCCUGAAGAUGUUCCUCUUUCAAUUCGUCAACUAUUACUCCUCCUGUUUCUACAUCGCCUUCGCCAAAGGGAAAGCGGUUGGCUUUCCUGGAGAUCCUGUUUAUUUACUGGGAAAGUACCGGAAUGAGGAGUGUGAUCCUGGUGGUUGUCUGAUUGAGCUGACAACUCAGCUCUCCAUCAUCAUGGGUGGGAAAGCCAUCUGGAACAACAUCCAAGAGGUCUUGCUACCGUGGGUGAAAAAUCUGAUCUUCCGCCACUGCACCAGUGCAGCCUCAGAGAAAGUGAUUCCUCGCUGGGAACAGGACUACCGGCUCCAGCCUGUGUCAAAACUGGGACUGUUCUAUGAGUAUCUUGAGAUGGUCAUCCAGUUUGGCUUUGUGACCCUGUUUGUGGCCUCCUUCCCUCUGGCUCCGGUCCUGGCUCUGGUCAACAACCUGUUUGAGAUUCGGGUUGAUGCUUGGAAAAUCACCACUCAGUUUCGGCGUGUUGUGCCAGAGAAGGCCCAGGACAUUGGGGCGUGGCAGCCUAUUCUUCAAGGCGUCGCUAUAUUGGCCGUGGCAACAAAUGCCAUGAUCAUUGCUUUUACAUCAGACAUGAUUCCAAGGUUGGUCUACUACUGGUCUUUCUCUGUGUACCCAUAUGGAGAGCACUCAACCCACACCAUGCAGGGCUACAUCAACAGCUCGCUUUCUAUAUUCAGCACCAGCGACUUCUCCAACUACAGCAUGCCCCUGGGCCAACCUUCCAACAUCACCACCACCUGCAGGUAUCGUGACUUUCGGUUUCCUCCCGGACAUCCUAGGCAGUAUGAGUACAAUAUGUACUACUGGCAUGUGAUCGCUGCCAAAAUGGCUUUUAUAAUUGUUGUGGAGCACAUUGUUUACCUUACCAAGUUCAUCCUGUCCUACGUGAUCCCAGAUGUGCCAUACGCUGUCAAAGAACAGAUCAAGCGAGAGAAGUACUUGACCCAAGUUAUCCUCCAUGAGACCAACCUCAAGCUGGUGAGCAAACGUUUGAAACCAGCCAACGACACCGACGCUGACGCUGACUCCGACGCCGUUAAAGACACAAAGGUGGACCUGGCAAUGGAGGAGCUCGAUUUCUAACAACAGAUUGAAAUGCAUGGAAGCAGAGAUCAGAUGUUCAUCCCUGAUUCUGUAUGUACAUGAGUAACCAGUUUUUAGCUGCACCUGCACACCGCCUUGUGAACUAGUGACAGAAUGAAUACCUGAAACAAGGUAUGGACUUUUGUUAAGGAAAAUGUGUGGCAACCAGAAAGAAAGAAGAUCUCAAGUCUCGGAACAAAGCUGUUGGACAAAGAAAGGAGAAGCCGCUGUUUAGUGUUCACCCCUGCUUGAUGUCCUCACAUGAUGGUUUCCUCCUGUGUGUUUGAUUUACGCCAGACUAAUGAGUCUAAAGGCAAAAAGAACAGUGCAUCUGUCCUCUAACACCUCUCCGAGUGUCUUUUUCUUUUUUUUCUAGUGAAGCUAAAAGUGACAAAUCAGUGCCUCACACAAUGAAGCUUCACACUGAAGAACACUGUCCAUGUGCUGGAUUAAGCAUGGAAAAACCACCAAAACGAUCCAAACAUAUUAUUUUUUCCAUGGCUUUUAACUGUAACCCGUGGCCUUCCUUACAUAUGUAACGUAGCUGCUGCUGGGUGACUGUUUUACUUUACUGCUGUCAUGAAAUAUCAGUAUUAUUAUAUAUGAAAGUUCAACCACUUUUAAAGCAAUGUUGACGAGCGUUUUUUAUUUCCUCUUCCGUCUCUGUCACUAGAGCUAAAGACCUGUAGUGAUGCAUCAAACAGCUCACAAUGUUACACAAGUGAUGAGAUACCAGGAGUUAGAAUAGACAUGGACUAACCCAAAGCCUAUAAAUAUACUGACUGACUAAAAACACCUUAAUAUAUAAUAUAUAAUGCUUUUUACUUCUGUACAGCGUUAAAUGCCUCUGAGGAAAAUGAAUUUAUUUGACAAUGUAAAUCUGAAGCUGAUGCCAUGUAAAAGUUUGACACACACAAGUUUACAAACCGCAAGAAUGAUCUGAAACUGGACAUUCUUUCAUAUUGGCACCAAAAUGUAUGCUUUAGCCCAUUUGUUUAAAUGAAAGAAUCGCAGCCAAAGCGGUUUAGCUGAAGUGCACUCUGUCUCUGUUUUUAAUGCAUGUGCUCACAUUCAAUGGACUGUUUUGCACUUUAGGAGUUCUGUUCCUGUGCCUUGACCACUACCCUGCACAACAUUUUGAUUGCAUGUUAUAUCCUGUGAUACAGACAGUACAGUAUCUUCUGCAACCUUCUCCUGUGUCAUUCCUGAAAUCUUUGAUCUAUACCUCUGUCGUAUUAUUGCCUCGCCAUGCGAUGUUGUACUAUAAACCACUAUGUAUGUAAAACAGUAUCAUGUACCAGCAACAUCCGAUGAUGUGUAUCUGUCUUGUCGUAUUGUUUUGUAUGAAAUUGUUUUAUAUGAAAAAAAUCUCUCCUGUGCUUCAAAGUCUUUAAAGAAUUUGAACAUUAAAAAAGCUUUCCACCAA